AUGGUUUCGAAAUACAAACCGACCCGCGACCGCAAGCAACGGCACAGAAAGCCAAAGCCGAACGCCCCUUCCGAUGCCACAGAUGCUGCCGUACAAGACCCCAAUGCCUCCAUCCUCAUCCCCGAGUCCAAAAGCGCCAAAGAGCUUCGCCGCGCCGAGCUGCGCGCGGAGCUGCAAUCCCAGCAGCAGCAGCCAAAAAUGAGCAGCAAGAAGGCUAAGCGUCUCGCAAAAUACAUUGAGAACAAGCUGCGCAAGGAGGAGCGUGUGGAGCUGAUCCAGAAGCUGGCGGACCAGCCGCACAAGGUCGACACGAGCCUGCUGCGGAGCACAAAGACGAUGGGCACUGCACGCGAAAGCAAGCGGGAGACGAUGCGGCGGGCAUUACUGGAAGAGAAAUUCGGCAUCAAUAUGGAGGAGAAUAAGAAGAUCCUCUACGAGGAAAGGACCAUACGCGAUGCGGACGAGCUGGAGGUUGAGGCGCCGGAGGUGCUGGCGGAGGUGCCGGAAGCCCCUGUAGAGGAGAAAGAGGAGGUUCCGGAGCCAGUGGUGAUAAAGGUGGGGUCUGGGCUGAAGAGGCCGUUGGAGAUCGAUGAGACGGGGCUACCGAUAAUAAAGAAGAUUAGGAAGUCGAAGGAGGCCAAGAAGGAGCGAUUGAUGGCCAUGAUCAAGGCUAUAGAGCUCGAGGAGGAGCAGAAAGCACGGGCUGCUGCAGAAGGCGCAUCUUCGGACGAAGGCGAGGAUUCAGACGAGGAAAUGGACUCUGACAAUGAUGGUAGCGGCGCAGACGAUUCUGAAGGAGAGGAGUCUGAGGAAGAGUGGGGUGGAAUCCAGGACACGCCCAGUGAAGGAAGUGUCGCUGCAGAGACCGAGCCCGACGCAGAGGUGGAUUCCGAUGCCAGCUCUGAAGAAGACGAAGAGGGCUCAGAGUCAGACUCAGACUCAGAGUCAGGCUCAGGUUCUGGAAGCUCUGGAGAAGAAGAGUCCGACUCCUCCGGCGAAGCCGAGUCUGUCCCCCGCAUGAGGCGUGGCCAGUCCGACAAAGCCAACGCUUUCAAGUCCUGGGCCCUGGCUCAAGUCAAAGCCGUCGCACAAGAAAACGACCCCACCGGUGCCGACACUAGCAUGCCCGACCUCCUCAAUAUGCCUCCCAGCGCCGUCCACGUACAUAUCCCACGGCCGCGCGAACAGGACAUGACACCGCCGCCCGAGCUCCAGGGCCCAACCGUGGAGCGCAAGGCCUACUACAUCGCCGUUGACCGCAGCCCUGAGAUCCAGCAGACGCGGUUUGGGCUCCCCGUGGUGGCAGAGGAGCAGCGCAUCAUGGAGGCAAUCCACAAUAACUCGUGUGUGGUCAUCUGCGGUGAGACGGGAAGUGGAAAGACAACGCAGGUGCCGCAGUUCCUCUAUGAGGCCGGGUAUGGCUCGCCCGGGAGUGAGACGCCGGGGCUGAUUGGCGUCACGCAGCCAAGGAGGGUUGCGGCGGUGUCGAUGGCGAGCCGUGUAGGCACGGAGUUGGGCACGGGGGGGAAGGAUAAGGUUGCGUACCAGAUCCGUUUUGAGGGCACAGUGGGUAAAGAUACAGCCAUCAAGUUCAUGACCGACGGUGUGCUGCUGAGAGAGCUUGCGGACGACUUUCUGCUGAGAAAAUACUCGGCGGUGGUGAUCGAUGAGGCCCACGAGAGGAGCGUUAACACCGAUAUCCUGAUCGGUGUCAUGAGCAGAGUCUUGAAGCUGAGAGAAGAGAUGAGCAAGAAAGACAAAGUCACAAAACCUUUAAAACUCAUAAUUAUGUCCGCGACCCUCCGUGUCUCCGACUUUAUAGAAAAUAAGCAGCUCUUCUCCGUCCCUCCACCGCUCCUCAAAGCCGAAGCCCGUCAGCAUCCCGUCACCAACCACUUCUCCCGCCGCACCCCCCACGACUAUGUCGAAGAAGCCUGCAAAAAGAUCUGCAAGAUCCACCGUCGUCUCCCCCCCGGCGGCAUCCUCGUCUUCAUGACAGGCCAGAACGAGAUCACCACCCUCCUCAAGCGCCUCAAGACCACCUUCCCUUUCAAAGCCUCUGAAGGCGCACCCAAAAGCAAAGAAAAUGCCGCCCCCGAAGUGCGCAUCUCCGCGCGCGACGCCGCCGUCGAAGCCGAAGACGUCGAGUUCGGUGCUCGCCCAACACAAGAGGCUGGCAGCGAUGAUGAUGACGAUGGCGAUUCCAUCCUCGACGAGGACGACGACGAUCUCGGCGAGGAGAUGGCAGAAACAGACACGGAGGCGCCGCUCCAUGUGCUCCCGCUGUACUCGCUGCUGCCCACGAAGGACCAGAUGAAGGUGUUUGAGCCUGCGCCCGAAGGUAGAAGGAUGUGUGUUCUUGCGACCAAUGUCGCCGAGACGUCGCUCACGAUCCCGGGGAUCAGAGCUUUGAUAUCGGCUGGAUUACUGUAUUCUAGUGCUGUGUAUGAGAGAGACUUUGACGAGUUUGCGGAGCCGGAGAUAUUGAGGAUGCCGAUUGAGGGUAUUGUGCUGCAGAUGAAGAGUAUGAACAUUGACACAAUCACAAAUUUCCCCUUCCCGACACCUCCAGAUAGACCGAGUCUGCAGAAGGCUGAGAGGCUGCUGGGAUAUCUUGGAGCUCUAGACUCCAAAGGCGGGCUUACAGAGCUUGGCCGCACAAUGAACGUUUUUCCUCUCUCCCCGCGCUUCUCGAAGAUCCUCAUCAUCGGCCAACAACACGGCUGUCUCCCUUACAUCAUCGCCAUCGUCGCCGCCCUCACCGUCGGCGAAGUCUUCAUCCCCGAACAUCAACUCGACAUCGCCGACCCCCCCAGCGACGAUGACGCCCCCCCCGCAGUCGAAACCGCCCACGAACGCAACCAGCGCGCCACCCGCCGCAAGGCCUACAACCGCGCCCACCGCGCCUUCUCCGCCCUCGACCCCACCAGCGACGCCCUCAAGCUCCUCUCCGUCGUCUGCGCCUACGAGUAUGAGCCCUCACCCGCAGCCUUCUGCGAACGCAACUUUGUGCGUCUCAAGGCCAUGCAGGAGACCCGAAAACUCCGGCAACAGCUCACAAACAUCGUCCGUACAAACUGCCCACCGGGCAUCCUCGCGCCCUUCUCGCCGCAGAUCCCGCCGCCAUCCCAGCUCCAGGUGAAGGCGAUCAAACAGAUCAUUGCCGCGGGCUUCAUCGACCAGGUCGCCAUCCGCGCGGAUCUGCUCCCGAACUCGACGUACAAGCUUGGCCAGGCGUCGCUGAAGCGGGUGAGCGACGUGCCAUAUAUGACGCUGUUUGCGUCGUCGACGGCGCACGGCUCGGAUAACAUGGCCGAGGUUGCGGCGUACGUUCACCCUGGCUCGGCGCUGGCGCAGCAGGAGAGCUAUCCGGAGUAUGUGGUGUAUAGCGAGCUGAAGAGGGGCGUGGCGAAGGUGAGGUUGAGGCCGCUGACGCCCGUCACAGGGACGCAGCUGGCGGCGCUGGCGAAGGGCACGCCGCUGUUGUCGUAUUCGAAGCCGUUAGAGAGCGUGGCGCCGAAAGUGGUGGAGGGCUCGGGGGGGAAUAGUAGGGAGGUGUGGGUCAUACCCAGGAUGGGGGGCGCGGUGGGGAGGAGUGAGCUUGGGUGGCCGCUGCCGGCAAGGAAGGUCGUACAGCAGAAGGUGGCGGGGAAGUGGGUGGUGGAGUAG